AUGAACGAAACCAUCAAGGAACUCCAUCAUGAUCUCGCCAGGAAGUACCGGCAGCAUGGCCCGCGAAUUGAAGAAAUGUGGCGUUCGCUCAGUCAAGAACAACGCAAAAAGAUCAUGCAGGCUGGCUCUCGUGAUGGCGCUGUCUUGAAGCAUGCUGAAGACACAAGCCUAGAGAAUGUCUACAAAUUCAUUCCCGAAUGGAAUAUACGCGACAUCGCUUCACCGUCAUCAAACUUCUUUCUCGAUAUGCUCAAGCACCGAGCAACCUCACCGCUGCAAGCACAAUACACGACUGGCUUCAAUGGUCGGCCAGGCGAUCAUGCGCACAUAAUUGAUAUGAUGCAGAGGAAGAACCUUAAGCUCAACGACGCCUCCCAAUACAAGAAUUGUUACACCCUCUUCUUGACCGAGGACGGCUACGGCGAAUCAGUCAAGAUCCUUGCGGAGAAGCGAGAGGAGGUUCUAGCAAACAUGAAGCCAGCCAUGCAAGCUCAGCUCAUUGUACCCCAAGCUACUGGCGAGCUAAUCCUCAUGCGACAAAUGAAUCUGUUGCAGCUUCUUAAUAUCGCCAUUGAGGAUAUUCUUGAUACUGCAUCCACCACGCGAACCCAGAAGAAGCGCCCAAAGAAGCCAGCUGAUGAUGCGACGGCAGCGAUGGCGCAGUUAUCAGUACACUCGACUCCGAAGAGGAUCGAACUCUCGCAACUCGUGGAGAUGGUGCAGGACCGAGCAUCGUCUUGUGGAGACCUUAUCAGUCUGAUCUCCACCGAGCCCACGGUUUUAGCUCAUGAAGUCAACUUUUGCUUCUUCAGUAGACCCGAACUUGUCGCCGAUGAGAAGGGACGCAUGCUGCCAGUACACACGGACAAGUACAUCAGCGGCUCUGUAUUCGAUGCAGUCCACAGCGCUGUCAAGACGGCUGCCACAUGGAGCUACAUCGGCCGUCUCUUCGAUCUGCUAAAGGAGGAGUCAGACAAACAGUUCCGGGCGACCAUCUUCAAAGAGCUGUCAAAUACCUGCCACUUGGAGUACCUACGAGCCCAGACUAUCUUCAAACGCAGCGUAGCUGUCGGUAUGGGUGGCAGUAAGUGGUUCAAGCGCAUGUCAACUAAUGAUGUCGCCCGCCUUUCACUGAAGCGAAGCCCUGAGUCUUUGACGGUAGAGAACCCACAGUUGCAUUACAUGCUUCGACUCUGCCAGGAUGAGACAAACUGGUCGACCGCUGCACAAUGGCUUCAAAAGCUGGAGGACCUUCAUCGAGCUCACCCACUAGAGCAAGACAACCUUUCGGAACGAGAGUAUGACUCUCUAGGGGAUCUAGCCAUCAUAGUUACUUUCAUUCAGUCCCUUUCUUCGUUUGCGCAAUUGCCUGCACCUAAUCACAAGAAGAGCCAGCCGUUCGUUCCUGGUUACGUGGCUUUGGACAAGGAAUUGAGACAGCUGAAAGACGGGAUCGACCUUGGCGAUUAUGCCAUUCCAAUCGCAAACUUGCUAGAGCCAGGCAUGGCUAAAGGUGCGCUUGCCACGCUGGAUCAGUAUAUCGUGGAGAAGACGGGUACGAAGCUCGGCUUCCUCUACCAAGAUCUGGUAGAGGACUGUGUGUUUGUCAUUCGGAAACAGUACGAACAACAAAAGGCGAAAUCCAGUAAACCUCAGACUGGAUACACCACGUCCACAGCUCCCGAGACCUCGGCGUCGGAAAUCCAACAGCGCAAGCAAAAGGAGAAGACACGACCAGCGCAAUCUUCGAUCUACGAAAUUACGCCACAGGCCAUCAAGGACGACCAAACCACUCAGUCAAAAGAGACGUUCAAGGUCAAACCUUCCACUGCUGCUGUGUUCUCAUCGCUCUUCUCGAGGUCGUCGGCGGCUCGUAGCCCAGUACGAUGGGAAGCCUUCGUAACUGCCAUGACAGACUUGGGCUUUUCAAUCGAUCCCAAAGUCGGCUCCAUAUACACUUUUGUACCUCCGAAGAAGAUGGCGAUACGCAGGGAUUUAACACUCCAUCGGCCGCAUCAGGCCAGCAUCGAAGGGCGACUUCUUUUGAUCUACUCUCGGCGCCUAAAGCAGGUCUAUGGCUGGGAUAACUCGACAUUCGUUGCGGCGUAG